AUGUCGGACACUAUUGGCUCGGUGCGCACAUUGAAGAGGAAGAAUGUGAAAGGUCUGGCAUUGAAUGCACCCCCACCUCGGAAUGUGGCACCAUCCGAGAACGAUUUACAGAUGCCUGGUGGCAUCGGCAGUGAGAGUAGCAGGCAGACUGCACAGUUAGAAAUUGGAAUUGAAUAUAAGUUGGAUUUGAAGAGAGAGGAUCUGGAAGUAUUGAAAGACCUCGGCCAUGGAAAUGGAGGAACCGUCAGUAAAGUCAGACAUAUGGCUACAGGCACGGUAAUGGCAAGAAAGGUUAUUCAUGUUGAAGCUAAGAAAGAAAUGCGUCGUCGAAUCGUUCGAGAACUACAAAUUAUGUAUGACUGUAAUUCGGAAUAUAUCGUCAACUUUUACGGUGCAUUUUUGAGCGAUAACAAUGAUGUUAUUAUGUGUAUGGAGUAUAUGGAUGUUGGAUCUCUAGAUAGAAUCUCUACACAUUUCGGUCCAGUUAGAGUCGAUGUUCUAGGAAAGAUUGCAGAAGCUACCCUUGGAGGCCUCACAUAUCUUUACAUCAAACAUCAUAUCAUGCAUCGAGAUAUCAAGCCAUCCAAUAUCUUAGUCAAUUCGAAGGGUCAGAUCAAGCUAUGUGAUUUUGGUGUUUCAGGAGAAUUGGUCAAUUCGGUGGCAGAUACCUUUGUUGGAACCUCGACAUAUAUGGCGCCGGAACGAAUUCAAGGACAAAAAUACACUGUGAAGUCUGAUGUGUGGAGUUUUGGUCUCGCCAUUAUGGAGCUCGCAAUUGGAAAGUUUCCUUUUGACGCUAGUGAGCACUUAUCCGACGGAGAUGGAGCACCAUCUGGUAUUCUUGAUCUUCUUCAACAAAUUGUAUAUGAGCCUGCGCCAAGACUGCCAAAGAGCGAAGCUUUCCCUCAAAUUCUCGAAGAUAUGAUCCAGAAAUGCAUGUCUAAAACUCCGGAAGAAAGGCCAACACCUCAAGAACUUUAUGAGCGUGAACCUUUCGUCCAAGCUGCCAAGCGAACUCCUGUAGAUCUUCGAGAAUGGGCUGUCAGUAUGCUAGAGAGAGACAACCGCAAGUCACAUCUUGCACCUCAAUUAUCUCCAGCUAGUAGAGAUCUGCUACGCGGCGAUGAUUCGCCCAAUACUUCACAAACUCCUACAUCAGGGGACAUUCCCAUAAAAAAUGCCGAUGUACGUUCGGCGAUAACUUCUCCGCCAUACAACGAAAACCAUAACCCCAGGUCUCGCUCUCCUACCAAGAACGGUAGUAUUUCGGGUCGAGGAGGUGUAGCUUUCCAUCCUGGUCUACCUGUAAGAGGUAGCACCACUAACUCGAUACCAAAACUUGCCGCCUUGAAUGCACCCGAUCCACACGAGGCCAAUGGUUCUUCAAGCGCAACCGCACCAAAUUUUAACACCACGGCUCUUCCCAUGCGUCCAGCUCCAGCAGGACCCUUACCACCACCACCUAGAAAACAAUCCGAAGACAACAGUCAUAAAGAAAGUCGACGUCAAGCAACCUUUGGCAGUGGCUUAUAUGGCUCGGGCUAUGCAGCCCAAGGUGCAUAA